AUGUCUUCGAGGCUGCUGCUGCGGCGGCCAGCACGCCCAUCGCUCGCUCGGAGCCAUCGGAGCCAUGCUGGGCCCAAUGUCUCGGGCAUACGCCCGCCAACACGCGCCUUCCACGCAUCUGCUCCGCGACAGGACCCGGUCCUCGAUGCUAUCCUCUACCUCCCGCACGAGAUGAUGACCCUAAUUCACACCCAAGUCCCAUGGUACGCCGCCAUCCCAGCCGCCGCCUUCCUGCUUCGUGGUGCGCUCGUCACAGGCUUCGGAACCUGGGCGCGUUCGCUUAUGGCACGCUACAUUGGCCUGCAACCGCUCCGCCAAGCACUCGCACGCCAAAAACGCGAUCAAGUACUCAGACAGAUGCACAACCAAGGCGGCGCUCGAACGCCGCAAGAGGCAAAGACACGGACCAUGGCAGAAGUCAAGCAGGUGGUGACAAAGCUGGACAGUCGGUGGAGAGUCACGCUCAAGGGCCAGAUAGGCUGGACCUUGAUACAAAUUCCCGUCUUCUUCACCAUGGCUGAGGUCAUAAGGAAGAUGUGCGGUGCAAGAGACGGGCUUCUGGCGUUGACUGCUUCGUCCGUGAAAGGGAUUCAAGGGUGCUGCUACUACCAAUGCCACCGCGGCAACCGAUGCGCUGCCGUGACUACGAGUCCCUUCUUCGAACCGUCACUUGCGACCGAAGGAAUGUUAUGGUUCCCAAGUCUGAUCACUCCUGAUCCCCUUCUUCCCUUCGUCGUAUCAGGCCUCAUGUUCUCGAACAUCUACUUCACCAACAACACAAUCAGCAGCGACAAGAACUGGCCAAAUGCUAUCAGGAGGGCCCUUCUAGGUGUCUCGUUGCUCAUUGGCCCACUGUGCCAGAACCUUCCUGCUGGUCUGAUGCUCUACUGGGCUUCAAGCACGACUUCAGUCAUGCUUUGGAACAAGUGGCUGGACUGGAAGUAUCCCGCGCCUAGGGACUUUACGGCUUGCAAGAGACCGCUUCAGAUGCCGCCAGCCAUGAAGUCGAAAACACAGACCAGGAGGUUUUAA